AUAGUGGUAUCUGUGGCUGACUGUGGCAGGCAUGGAGGUCUGGGGAGGAGAGGAUGGGGAAAGAGGAAGAGAGGAGAGGUCCCUUCAGCAAAUCCCUUUAGGAACCUCAGGAUUUUCCUUAGCUGUGGAUAUUGACCCCAUUCCUUCAGGUCCCCACGUUACUAUGCCCCACAUCAGUUUCCGAGACAUGGGUAACCUAGUCCAACAAGAUGCUGUGGCUGUGAACGAGAGAUUUGAUACUAUUGAACCUGCCAUAUACCAGAGCGGGGCACGGCAGGUCCCCGGCACGCCUGACUGGUUCAUGGCCGCAUCACACAAGACCAAGGUUGUAGCCAAGAACAUCUCCAGAAUUGCUCUCAUCUCAGAGGAGGCGACCAAAUACACCGCACAACAGUGAGUCUUGACUCCUGGUGCCACCUUACCAUCUCACACCACACUCUGGGAAACUUGUGCAGGAGAUAGGAGGAAGGCACAGGAGGAGAUUACAAAGAGACAAGCUUGAGUUAGGCUUUAAAAGGGAGAUAGGGAUGAUCAGAGUGUCAUCAGAUCUCUGUACUACUACUACUACUACUACUACUACUACUACUACUACUACUACUACUACUACUACUACUACUACUACUACUACUACUACUACAACAAGAACAACAACAACAACAAAAACUAUUACUACUACUACUACUACUACUACUACUACUACUACUACUACUACUACUACUACUACUACUACUACUACAACAACAACAACAACAACAACAACAACAACAACAACAACAACAACAACAACAACAACAACAACAACAACAACAACAACAACAACAACAACAACAACAACAACAACAACAACAACAACAACAACAACAACAACAACAACAACAACAACAACAACUACUACUACUACUAC